GGUAGAUUACGGAAUGCAGGAUCAAUAUCCAUCGUGGUAGGUGUGGCGGAUGGCAGAGGGUUCCAUCUUCGGCCGCCCUCCUCGGUGCUUAUUGGUCGGAGAAUCGGUACACGGGUUCUGGUUUCCAGGCUGAAACCCGUACACCGUUCUGGGUAAACGGGCGGAGCUUGCCGUUUCUCCCCGAGGACCUAGUGGGGAGAAGCCAUCGGUGCUCCUGGCAGAAGGCCGAAUCGUAAAUCAUGACCAGUCGGUCGCUCGAAGCGCAUCGUGACAAACAGCCUGAAAACCGUUGGAAAACAUUCGAGACCUCGGGAUCGAUCGCGUCUACGAGGCAAUCUAUAAUUUCGUUUCUAUCGGGCCGAUUCGUUAGCCAGGAGACGUUCGCGCGAACCGUUCCCAGUGACACGAGCCACCUGUUCGGAUCGACGAAUGGAUCUAGAGACCAACCGAUCGUGAAGUUUUAAUGUGAAACGUGCGGGGAAAGCCCUGAUCACCGAGUGAUAGAUUUCUACCAAUCAAGAGGAACAGAUCAAAGCCUGUUUUCUCGAGAGCGAUCAUGUGCAGCAACGAGAGUCCUCCUCCGUCGAAGGAGCCGCUGGCCGUCGGUCUGGGCAAUCCAAUGGCAGGCUUUCUGCCUGGUCUCGAACACUAUCGUUUGCAAUUGUACCAUUACGCGAUGGCGGAGCGACUGAGGUUGGCUCAGCAGCUGCAUCCUCAGCAUCCAGGUGUCGGUCAUCCGCCGUCCAGUGCUUCUGCUCACUUAGGGAUGAGUCCUGGAUUCCCAGCACCGCUGCCUCUGUACCCGGCGGCGGCUGCCGCGGCGGGCUACCCGAGUAGAUUGGCUCUGUCCAUGGCUCUGUUGCAUCCUCAUCAUCAGCGAAUACCAGAGGAGCCGAAGCCUCAACACAGCUACAUAGGAUUGAUCGCCAUGGCGAUCCUGUCGUCGCCCGAGAAGAAGUUGGUGCUCUCCGACAUUUACCAGCACAUCCUCGAGCACUAUCCGUACUUCCGUACCCGCGGCCCAGGUUGGCGGAACUCCAUCAGGCACAAUCUGUCGUUGAACGACUGCUUCGUCAAGUCUGGGAGAAGCGCGAACGGGAAAGGUCAUUACUGGGCCAUCCACCCUGCCAAUCUCGAGGACUUUCGACGUGGUGAUUUCCGUAGACGCAAGGCGCAGAGGAAAGUCCGCAGGCACAUGGGGUUGGCGGUCGACGAGGAGCCCGACAGCCCCAGUCCACCUCCUUUGCCCGCCACUCCGCCUCCGCCGGCAACCCUUGGACCCGUCGCGUCGCAGCCCAUACCUGGAAUCUGGACGCCUCAUCAUCACCAUCCCCAUCACCAGCAGCAGCAACAGCAACAGCAGGGCCAACAGCAGACGUUUCAGAGUCAAUCGCUGCGACAGUCGUCGUUUCAACCCACGAGGAAGAGACAGUUCGAUGUCGCGUCCCUGCUCGCGCCUGACGACCAACAUCAGAUAGAAUCCGAUCUCAGGCCCGUCAAGUCGAGGAGGUUCAGCUGCAGCGAGGACGAGCUCCACGAUCUCCAGGAGCCUGACCAGGACGAAGAGGACGUGGACGUGGACGUCGUCGCCGAAACGAACGCUCUCCCGUCGCCCAACACCCCGUCGGUCAGUCCCGACGCCAAAGUCAUCUCCCCCGACGGCCACUGGACCAACCAGGGUAUACAGAACACCAGCCCCCAGCUAGCGGGAUUACACAUUCACAAUCAUCUGCAAGUCAGGAGUUACUACGUGUCCGCCGCCUCGAGUACCGGAUCCAGCGUCUAAUGGCCCGUAGAACCUAGUCGUCGUGCUCCAAGUGUCCUGGAUCGUCCCCGUACCUUCGUACAGCGAGCCUAACGAGUGACGAAGCUGACGGGAAACGAGUUUCGACUUUGGAAAUUCCUUUCGUUCCGAGAAACAAACGAACUCUUCGGGGUGUCUAGGCUCCAAAAAGAAAGAAAGGAAGGCAGAGAAUCCUUCUGGCUGACUAGUCGUGCCAAAUAACGAGAUCGUCGAGUUCCUCCGAUAUGCCAACUUAAGGUUAACCUCGGGUUUGAACAUUAGUGUAGUUGUCGUCGCACGGUGGUCAGCGUUAUCAGUCGAAUCUUAAACGCGGUCUCCUCGUGAACUUUGGUAACGAACAAUCAAUUCCCACGUCGCUUUCGCGAAGAUUCGACGUUCCGUUUCGAGUCCGGCACUCGAAUUCCAUGUACCAUUGCAACACGUGUUAGGGAAAGAAUAUAUGUGUAUUAUAUAAAUAAAUGUAUAAGGAAUGUAUGGUAUGCUCCGAGAUUCGAGGGUAGAAUUUCACGCGUACGCUCGCUGGGAACCUGAUCCUUCUACUCCAAUCGUUAACCUUUCGCGACGUUGCGACGAUUCCAGAGGAAAAUGUUUCCAAGUUGGAAGCUUUCCCGAAGAAGCUCGGUUGGUCUUGUUGAAAGAAAGAAAUCUUAUCGCAAAAGGUUAACCGGUAAUGUACGCUGGCCUCGAAAGAACUCGUACCACGUCGAACGAGUAGUCGCCAAUCGUCUCGCGCGUCCAAUCGAGUUCUACCAAUGGGAACUCGAUGCGCGGCUACGCGUUUGUGGUGGGAUACGAGUGGCACGGCCAGAAAUGUCAAAUAGAGGAGGGGGCGAUGUUUUUAUUUUUGUUUAUUUCUGUAAACGUUUUACUUCGAUAUAAACUCAAAUUUCUUAGCGAAUCGAGCAACGAACCAUGUUGGUUUAGAAAUGUGCGUCAAACGUUAUCGGUCUUCGUCGAGGUGUUGCUCGAUUUGUCAUUGCUGCCUUCUGGUGUAUUUUCUUUUAUCCAAUCGUGGCGUUCUACUCGCGAGUCUCGAGGUUCUUGUAAAUAUAGAAGAGAAGCCACGAGAUGAUGUCUCGCUCGAUACGUGAUUCCAUACUCGUUAUGGGGUUCCAAAUUGUGUGGGCAUUGCAUCAGACUGAAGCGAACUCGGCUGUUCAAAGUGUAAUAUAAAUCGUUUAAAGUUUAAUAUAGCUCAUCUUUAUUAUCAUCCGUGUAUCGUUUUGGAACGGUAUGAAAAACGUGUACGAAGGUAUAUCCCUCGCCCUGCUGUAUGUAUGUAUGUAUGUAUGUAUAUGUACCUAUAUAUACGUGCUUACGUAUAACCGAGAUGUAUCACGACGUAUUACACACCUCAGUGCGUAUAUGCAAAGACAGAUCGUGGUAUGGUCGCUCCGUAAGCAAAUAAGACACUGUUUUUUAAAGAUCACCUCACGCAAUGAAAGAAGAACUGUCGAACUGUCUCUCUUGAUUCUCAGCGCGGAACUGCCGCACUGGAUGCAAUUGAAGUUGAAUAAAGUUUCUGUUCCCAUGAACCAGCUCUUUGUGAAUUUUACCUGCUCCGUAUCGCCGCGCGUGUAUCCAAUAAUUUGCAUACAGAAAAGAUUGUCCAUCGAGCAAUUGCUUCCACAUCGAGGUGAAAACUCGAUACGCGACUACUUAUGCGUCCACCGAAAUGCAUAAUAAAUUAUCGAACGCAUCGAAUUAGCUUUGAAAUGUGUUCGGGCAGUGUGAUAAUGAUGUCACCGUGUUGAUAGAUGCCUCGAUAUACGAGUGCACAGCAGUACUCUUGACACGAAUACCUUAGCUAUUUUUCUCACUGUUUCAACGACUUCCACGAAGCGCAGAAAAAUGCGAAAGUUGACACAAACAUUCCGUGUGUAUUUGCGCGCCGAUGGAAAACGCGAGGAGCCUGAGAAUAUUAUUUGUCCCGAUAACAAACAUUCUGCCGUGCCCAUUAGGUUAUACCACGCGAGGAAUACCGAGUAUUUGCUGCACGCUGCGCGAAAAAUACGUGGAAAGUUUGCCAGUCCGCGGUACAAAGAUACAGAUCUCGUUAGGAAAUGGUAUAAACGAUAGAUCGUCGAAGAAUCGUGCACGUUGAAAGUAAUCGAGUAAAAGGAGAAACAAUAUGACGAGAUUAACAUUUCGCGUCUGUAUUUCUCGUAAAACAGCGUCCAUAGUUAUCGUCAAUUUGUUAUUCAAACGAUGAACGCCGCAAAUGCAUCGAAUAUAAUAAAUAUUAUUGUGUCGUUAUCGAAAUUUUGCAUUUAUUUUAAAAAUAUGGAUCUUCUUUUAGCGUUUUUCCUUCGUUUCUGCGGAGUCACCGCUAAUCGAACCAUACUUUCAGACCCGUACGCGUCUCUUUAGAUAGUCCUGUUAGAUAGGCCUGUCUUCGGGUUUGAUAACAGGUCGAGAAAUCGUAUGCCAAAAUAUUUUAGCAUACAAAUAGGACAGAUAACGAGGAAUGACGUACGAACAAAAUUUCUGUUAACAGUCCUGCUCGCUCGCGCUGUCGCCAACAAUUUCUCGUAAUCGGCACAUUAUUGACGCAACGCGCUUUACGAUGCGAUUCCUUGCAAUAUUUAUAAAUAGAAAAAUUACCAUCGAAGAAACGGAAUAGAUAUUUUUACUUUUUUUUUUUCGUUUGCGAAAGUUUAACAACGGUCCAAGUUGCGACGCGGUGAGUUUUCAUUGUUCUGCUGUAUUUCGUUGCUUUAUUUCUGCUUCGCUCGAGGAUAAAUAUAUGCGAGUGCAAAUACGUGUACAUUCAAAUACACAGCUACUUUUAUUUUUCUCCAAGGGGGGUAAUGCUAGAUGCUAUCGAUGCGUGUAGCAUUAAGCAGUAUACAUUAUUAAUAAUUCUUGCAGUGGAACAGGAAACCUUCUAUGAUUCUCCAAACACGCAAGAUAUUUUUUCUUAUACGUAAUGUACGUAUCUAAUUCUUUCAGAUCAGAUACGGGCAGAACGAAGCUUGCAAAGUAGCAAAUAGCCUUACACUUCGAUUAAACGUUACAAAUAAAUGGCUACCUCUACACGAAGGAUAGCUCUAUCCGCAAGAGAAUCGUGUCCCCGUCGCUUAUCCACGACUUUUCCACUUGGUUCCUGCUUAACGCCGUUCGAUCUGUUUAUGGCAAAUAAUUCUGCCUGUAAAUCUCCACUAAUGGGGAACACACUUGUUCCGAGGCUGUUGCUUGGAAAUCCAUAAGACAAAUCCGCCUGGUAAUCGGAUAAUCUGUUUUCCUCCAACUUUUCUUCGAUGUUCCGUUCACAAUGGGAGUGACGAUGUUUAAUCAAAUCCUGACAUUAGCAUACCAGGAAUCGAUCGAUCGAUAGCGAGCAGUCUUGAGAAAUUUGUCGCGAGAUAAUGCUCGACUGGAACAAUUUAUUCUUUCGAUUUUUCUAACCUUGCCCUUUGAAAGGGUGCAUCUAUUAUUUAUAAAAUCUUAUUAUCUAUAAUUUAAAAAAGAUUUUCUGCAAAGCUAUACAUGGAAUUUAU